CUUUGAUCCUUGUUUGGUUGCCCAGAAAAUUAAAAAGAAAAUAGAUGAAGCUUUGUUGUUGUUUGUGGAAGCAGAAAGAAUGAUGUCUUCCUUUGCGUGCUAAUAAACAUUCUUUUCUUAAGUUUGGAACCAUGAGAUUCAAGAAAGGAACUAAAGUAGAAGUGUUGACCAAAUCAUCAGUUCCAUCUGGUGCUUGGCGAUCUGCUGAGAUUAUAACUGGUAAUGGGCAUUAUUACACUGUCAUGUAUGAUAGUGAAGGUACUACAGAGAGGGUACCGAGGAAGAGCAUGAGACCUGAGCCUCCUCCUCCUCCUUUUCAAGUUCUACAUUCUUGGGCUCCUGGUGACCUUGUUGAGGUUUUAGAGAGUUGUUCCUGGAAGAUUGCAAUCGUUUCCAACGUUUUGGAGAAUGAUUGUGUUUUGGUUAGGUUACUUGGUUCCUCGUUGACUCUCAGGGCAAACAAAUCCGACAUUCGAGUUAGACAAUCUUGGCAAGACAACGAGUGGAUCAUGGUCGGGCAGGGUACAUCGAGAUUAAGUGCACAGACUUCGACAGGAAAGUUACGGAGAAAGCUGAAUCUGAAGUGUGUUUCAUCUGAGAA